GCCACGCAGAGUGGCUCAUUAGCUCACGACUCGUAAGGAGUAAGCAGGCCUGACGGGGCAUUUGUUUGAUUUGUGUCUGAUGAUAAAAGGGGUGAUUAUUUUCUCCAGUAUGGUGCUUGGUGUUGUGGUGGAAGGUGUACGCUCUCGACGGAGGAAGGGAGAGUCUGCAGGCUGCUUCUUCACAACUUCCCAAUAUCUAAUUAGCCUCUGAAAUGCAUCAUUCAUACCCAGUGCCAGUCUUUGUGGGCUUUUGAAGCGGCGGAUCUCACAGCCAUCAGCAACAUGUCGGAGUCAGCUGAAGCCGUGGCGGCCGACGUGAGCAGCAGGAGAAGUGCUGUCAUUGAAAUCACAAAUGUCACCAACAGCUACUGCCUCAUCAACCCCAGGGUACACCUCGAGAACGGGGAGACCUACAACCCACCCCAGCCCACAGUGCGCCCCCUGAAGACCGAGGUCUGCACUUUCACCAAGUCCGGCGGCAAGGCGACCGGCAGCGUCGGCGUGCUGACCUACGACCUCUUCGAGAGGUCGCAGAACGACUACAUCGAGACCCUGGCCAUCAUGUUCUCCAUCCCCUGGGACUACAACCUGUACAAGAACUGGUUCGCGGUGGGCAUCUACAAGAAGGGCCGCAACUGCGACAAGGAUUUGUACAAGGAAAUGUACUACGAGAAAAAGCAGCGUGAGCACGGGUUCGUCAGGGAGGAAGCCAAUGGGUCGGGGAUCAAUUACGUGGGCAACUACCUAGAUAUCAAGGCCACCAUGUGUCCCCUCGGCAAUUCCAUCAUGAAGGUGGAGGUGUGGGAUAAGAUUUUCACAUCCAUGGGCCAACACGCGUAUUAGAGCGCCCCCCCUCCCAACCUGUCGUCCUGUCAUGUUUCCCCGCACGGCAGAAUUCCUCCAUCCACCUGAAGCUUUCUACCUGGCAGACGGUUUCUAAUACGCAUGAUUUAACAGAUGUAUUGUUGCCAACAUGUGUCUGUAUCCCCCGGGAUUACCUGUCUGUAAAUCUGCUUAAGAUCAGAGUUUAAUUUGUUUAUAAAUCCAGCAGAUGCAAUAUCCCCCCACCCCCCUUUUUUUUUUUUAUAGCUGAAGCCUCUGUCUGUUUUCAAUGGCGUCCCGUUUUGAAAUGGCGUCUUUAGAAAUUGAAAUCAAAGGAUGAGGGCAGCUUAAAAAACCCCACACUGAGAGCUUGUCUGUAUUUACCUUGGCACUGCCGUCGGAGGAAUAAAGUAAACCUUUUUUUGCUGGA